AUAUAUAUGUAUGCACGCCAGAUCAACCACACCUCCCAUCUCACCCACGUCUCUGCCACCCUAAAUCUCCCAAUAGCCGCCCAACAGCCAUGGUUGUGCCGCUCGGCCCCGGAAAAUUCUACGGUGGCAGUCUUCCCCGCCCCCGCAUCUACACCGACGUCAAGUUCAACUCUUCCCGGGUUGAUCCGCCUGUACCGGUUCUCGAUCCGUUUCUUUCAUGGGCAGAGGAAGCUCAUUGGUCCAUGGGUGGCCUAAACUUCAAGCGCCACAGACUCCAAGGCCGCAUCGAAGGCAGCAUCAAGAAGCUCCGAGAAGAGCGCGAAAGGCUCAUGAGGAAAGCCAAGAGAGUUGCCAAGGGCUCGCCUCCAAGCAUCGCCGUUAAAAUUGACGAUAGCGUUGGCGGAGAGCGGUUGUCUCCCUCCUCGCCUUGUGUUUCGCCUCCUCCGGCUCCUGUGGCAGUGAAGCGGCGGCGUUUAGUGGUGGAUGACGAUGAGGAAGAUGAUGAAGAGGAGUUGGUGCGGCGGAAGCUGGCGAGGAAGCUUGGGGAUGAUUUUGAUAAGGUAGCCCCGGAGAACGUGAAAGGGAAAGGGUUUAUUAGUGCUGAUUCGGCCAAAACUGGGGGAGGUCCAGUGAAUUCGGUGGCGACGCGGACUCGAAGCCGGAGGUCCGAGGAGCACAACUCUAACGACGGUGUUAUGGAGGUGGUUGAACAGGCGAGAAGAUCAAGCCCUAGGGGUAAGAAAUUGAAGGGAGACGAGAGUAAAGGCAGUGGAGAGAAAAAGGGUUCUCCUACCAGUGGGAUCAGUUCAUCACCCAGAACUUCACCUAGGCUAUCAAAGCGAAAAUCGAGCUAGUUGUGACCUCUGAUAAUCAGUUUUCUUCUUUAAUCUAUCAUCUGUAAUGAUCUUAAACAAAAUGAGUACAGGGUCCUGAUUGUGUUUUAAUUUUGAAGUUUGUUUCUAGAUCUUCUAAGAAGCACCCAUGUGAGAAAAUGGAAGUUCUAAGAAGCACCAUGUGAGAAAAUGGAAGUUUGAGACACAAUCA